UACAAAUUGCCUCUGUCCAGCUGUGUGUAGUUUCGGGUUUACGGAUGCUGAGGAGGCUCGUCGGUUCUCGCACUGUAAACACUCUCGCAGGGUUUUAAUCGGUGUGUUUGUUUCCCCCUCCUCCCCCGGUUGUUGUGACAGCAGACUGCAAACAUCCCGCCGGUCAGAGAUGGCUCAGUGCUCCGAGACUGCCAGCGUUAGCUCCGCGGUUAACGGAGAGCCGAACAAGGAGCGGAAGGUUGCUGUUAUCACCGGCAUCACCGGACAGGAUGGUUCCUACCUGGCUGAGUUCCUGCUUGCUAGAGGCUAUGAGGUUCACGGUAUUUUGCGCCGUUCCAGCUCCUUCAACACGGGUCGAAUCGAGCAUCUUUACCAGAACCCACAGGCGCACACUGAAGGCAACAUGAAGCUACAUUAUGGCGAUCUGACUGACAGCACGUGUCUGGUGAAGAUCAUCAACCAGGUGAAGCCCACAGAGAUCUACAACCUGGGCGCUCAGAGUCACGUCAAGAUCUCCUUCGAGUUGGCCGAGUACACCGCUAAUGUGGAUGGUGUAGGUACGCUUCGUCUCCUGGACGCCAUAAAGACAUGCGGUCUGACCAACAGCGUAAAAUUCUACCAGGCCUCCACUAGUGAGCUGUACGGCAAAGUUCAAGAGAUCCCUCAGAAGGAAACUACGCCCUUCUACCCUCGCUCACCUUACGGUGCUGCGAAGCUCUACGCCUACUGGAUCGUGGUGAACUUUCGAGAAGCCUACAACAUGUUUGCUGUCAACGGGAUCCUCUUUAACCACGAGAGCCCGAGGAGAGGUUCAAACUUUGUGACGCGUAAGAUCAGUCGUUCUGUGGCAAAGAUUCACCUUGGCCAACUGGAGAGCUUCAGCCUGGGCAACCUGGACUCCAAGAGGGACUGGGGCCACGCCAACGACUAUGUGGAGGCUAUGUGGCUGAUGCUGCAACAGGAGGAGCCAGAGGAUUUCGUCAUAGCGACGGGGGAGGUGCACAGUGUGAGGGAGUUUGUGGAAAAGGCCUUCAAACGUGUGGGGAAAACCAUUGUGUGGGAUGGAAAGGAUGAGAAGGAGGUCGGCCGUUGCCAGGAGACAGGGGUGGUACAUGUGAAGGUGGACCCAAAAUACUUCCGCCCUACUGAAGUGGACUACCUACAAGGCGACAGCACCAAAGCGUAUCAGAAGAUGGGUUGGAAGCCAAAGGUGACUUUUGAGGAGCUGGUGAAGGAGAUGGUGGAUGCCGACAUUGAGCUGAUGAAGAAAAACCCAAACGCCUGAGGCCAAAUCACUCCUGCGUUCUACCACUGAGACCAACAGCCCAGGGAGCACGUUGUAUUUUUACCUUUCUGACUUUUCCAAAUGAAGUAAUCGUGUCCUUUCUUCUUUGUUAAGGAGGCUAGGCCGAACCAUGUAUUGCCUUUGUGUCUUGUGUCUAUUUCUAGCAUCAUGUCAUUUUGAUUUUGUUUUGUUAUCACAUAGCAGAGAUGCCUUUUUAUAUUACAACACUGAUCAUGUCAUAAUUUAUAUAGAUGGCAAGUUUUAGGGGUUUAUUUAUGUGUAUUUGUUUCCUUUUGAUUGUGACAUUCUUUCUUUCAGAUGGUAAAAUGGCAGAAUAUAUAAAUAAAUAGAGGGUUGAAGAUUUUAUCUUUUACUGGAAAAAAGGAAUGAACGGGUUUAUUAAAGGUCUGAAUGAACAAAUGAAGCAUUUGGUACAAUAAAAACAGAUCUUUUUA